CCAUGUUCAUCAAGUGGCGCUAAACUAUGACUGGACAAGCGUGACUUAGUGGUUAGUUGCAACCCCGCAAACCAACUAAAAACCCCCACCAUCGCUCGACGCGCUUCUUCUCGACCUCGCAGCUCUCCACUUCACCACCACCGCAUCUACGCAGCUUACGCUCAAUCGAUCGAUCGACUCGUACAGACAGACAAAACGCAGCAAUAAUGGCCGAAAUGAGCGCGCAAGAAAAGAUUGCCCUGAUCACGCAGGGCCUGCAGGAAGUCCUCAAGAAGGAGCUCAUCAUCGACGUGAUCGAGAAGCAGAACCGGCCGCUGAAGAUCUACUGGGGCACGGCGCCCACGGGCCGCCCACACUGCGGCUACUUCGUGCCGAUGGUGAAGAUCGCGCACUUCCUGCGGGCGGGGUGUUCGGUGCAGAUCCUAUUGGCGGACAUCCACGCGUUCCUUGACAACCUGAAGGCGCCGCUGGAGCUUGUCGCGCACCGGGCGACCUACUACGAAUUUCUGAUCAAGGCGAUGUUGCGGUCGAUUGGCGUGCCGCUCGACAAGCUCAAAUUUGUCAAGGGCAGCGAUUACCAGCUCACACCCGCGUAUACUAUGGACCUGUUUAGAUUGUCAAGUAUCGUCUCGGAACAUGAUGCCAAGAAGGCGGGUGCGGAGGUCGUCAAGCAGGUUGCGAGCCCGCUGCUCAGUGGGCUCAUCUAUCCGCUCAUGCAGGCCCUGGAUGAGGAACAUCUCGGUGUUGAUGCGCAGUUUGGAGGAGUCGAUCAGAGGAAGAUCUUUACGCUUGCGGCGGAGAACUUGGGCAAGAUCGGGAUGAAGGAGAGAGCGCAUUUGAUGAAUCCGAUGGUGCCCGGACUUGCUGGCGGCAAAAUGUCCGCCUCAGAUCCCAACUCCAAGAUCGACCUGCUGGAGAAACCGGAUGCUGUCAAGAGCAAACUCAAGAAGGCCGUCUGCGCGCCGCAGGAGAUCGAGGGUAACGGCGUGAUCUCGUUCGUCGAGUACGUGCUCUUCCCGUGCGCGCAGCUCUCGGGGAAGUCCUCGUUCCACGUCCCUCGCCCCGAGAAAUAUGGUGGCCCCGUGGACUACGCCACUAUGGACGAGCUGAAGGCGGCGUACGCCGACGGAUCGCUCCAACCUGGCGAUCUCAAGGCUGGUGUAGAGCUAGCUCUCAAUGCCCUCCUCGCCCCGAUCCAGGAGGAGUUCAACAACAACGCAGAGUUCCAGAAGAUUUCGGAGCUGGCGUACCCGCCGCCGGUGGUCCAGAAGAAGCAGAAGAAGGAGAAGAAGAUUGGCAGUGGAUACCCCGCGAAGGACAAGAAGACGGAUGCGGCUGUCGCUCAGGCUGUGGCCGACGGGAAGGUCAAGCCCGAGGAGGCCGUCGCGCAGGCGGUGGGUACCGGCGCGGAGGAUGCGAUGGAGAAGCUCAAGGUUGCGGAAUAAGCAGUGCGGUGAUACGUAGCGAUGCAUUUAGCUGGCGACGGCGGCGGUGAUGGGAUAAUUUGUACAUAGACUAGGCACCUAGGGGGCGGGC